AUGAAAUUGAUUCAUUCGAUAACAAAUGAUGAAUUUUUUCGUUUAUUUAUCAUCACUUCGCUCGUCUGCGGAUUGGAAUUUUGUAUUGCAUCGGCGUUUACAUACAUUCCACCGAUAUUACUCAAAGCAGGAAUAUCUGAAUCAUCGAUGACCUGGUUAAUGGGCUGCGGUCCCCUAUUAGGAUUUCUUCUUUGUCCAGUUGUGGGUAACGCGAGUGAUCACUGUCGAUCACGAUAUGGAAAACGGCGACCUUUCAUUAUCGGAUUUUGUUUAACGAUUAUUUUCUGUUUGAUAGUUAUUCCACAAAGUGAAGCAAUUGGUGAAAUCUUGGAUGCUCCAACGAUUGGUCUUAGUUUAUUAGUCAUCACUUGUAUAUUAUUUGAUUUUGCUGCUCAAGCUUGUUUUAACCCAUGUGAAUCAUUAAUUUACGACACGUGUAAAGGUACAUCUCAAGAAUCGUCCUGUUUCUUUGUUUAUUCAUUUAUGACAUCCUUCGGUGGCUGUCUAGGCUAUUUGAUUACCGCAACAGAUUGGACAGAAUCCUAUUUGAGUCAUUACAUGCAAGGACAAGAAAAACUAACUUUCUACGUCAUUUUAUUAUUUUUUUCGAUUACACUUUGUUGUACAUUGAUAUCUUCGAAUGAAAAACCUUCAUUGAACAAUGAUAAUAUCGAUGAACAGUUACCAUUCAAAGAUAUAUAUUUCGUUCAUUGUUCAUUUCCUAUCCACAUCGUGAAUUUUGUCUUUUCUUCGAUAUCAACUUCAGUCAAAACCAUCUUUACAAUGCCAUUUGUCUUACGACGCUUAACAUUAGCGGAAGGCUGUUCAUGGUCAGCUAUUAUGACAUUCAAUCUAUUCUUCACAGAUUUCGUUGGUCAAACUGUUUAUUUAGGCGAUCCAAGUGCUGAUGAACUCUCCGAAGAACGACUCAGAUACGAUCAAGGUGUUCGCGCUGGUUCCUACGGUUUACUUUUUCAUUGCGUCGUCGGAGCACUCUAUGCACCAUUACUUAAACCAUUAAUCAAUCGUUUCGGCAUUCAUUUAACAUUUUCAUUCGGAAUGUUCGUAUUCGCUUGUUCAAUGCUUGUUAUGUACGUGUCAAGAAAUAUCAUUAUUGUAAAUAUUAUGGCAUCUCUGUCCGGUCUCGGAAUGGCUUCGUUAACAUCUAUACCCUACACACUCGUGAUGACCUAUCAUACGAAUAGAGAGAUUUAUUUCUCAGAUAAUCCAUUGAUACAAACACGUGGAAUAGGUACGAUUCUAGGCAUACUUGAUAGUACUUAUUUUGCUUCGCAAAUACUCUCCUCAGUGAUCAUGGGUUAUGUGAUGUUGAUAUUCAAAUCCAGUCUAGCUUAUAUAAUGACAAGUUUUGUUCUGGCAAUUUGUUCGAUUUGUUUUAUUAAUCGAAUUGUAACCAGUCGGUAUCAAUUGCAAGAAUUAGUCAGAAAUGAUCGAUGA